AUGGAUGGCCACUCUCCAAUUGCUAUAAUAGGUCUUUCUUACCGUGCUCCCGGCGUCGGGCGAAAAGGCUUAUGGGAAUAUUUGGCAGAAGCAAAAUCCGCUUGGUCUAAGGUACCGGUAGAAAGAUUUGAUUAUGCGGCAUUUCAUUUUCCGGAUAAGGACAAGGCUGGGUGUAUCGCAGCCCAAGGAGGACAUUUCUUACCUGAUGAUAUCUACGCGUUUGACGCCCCUUUCUUCAAUCUUAGGGCUGAAGAAGCUCGGGUUGUUGAUCCCCAUCAAAGGAUUCUGUUAGAAUGUGCCUUAGAAGCGGCUGAAAGUGCUGGAAUUGGUUUGCAUGACCUUGCAGGAUCCAAUACGGGGGUAUUCUCAGCAAUUGGUUCUCUCGAACAUGGGCACAUGAUGGGAGAAGAUAUGCCUGCUUCAUCAACAUGGACAUGCGUCGGUGCUGCCCCUUGCAUGUUGGCAAAUAGACUGUCGUACUUUUUCAAUCUUUCAGGACCAAGCAUCGCUCUGGAUGCUGCGUGCGCGAGUAGCACUUAUGCGAUUCACAUGGCUUGUCAGAGCCUCCAUGCAGGGGAAUGUGAAGCAGCGUUCGCAGGUGGCUCUGCCUUGCUCCUGGGACCGGGCCAGUGGAGUUUCCUAGAUACUAUGGGGGCCUUAUCACUGGAAGGGAGAUCUUUUUCCUACGAUGCAAGGGCCUCGGGUUUCGGGCGAGGCGAAGGCAGUGCGUGUUUAUUGUUGAAACGUCUCGAAGAUGCAAUCAGAUGCGGUGAUCCCAUCCAUGCUGUCAUCCGCAACUCGGCUUGCAGUCAUGGAGGGCGAUCUGAUGGAAUCACGAUGCCAAGCAGAUCCGCUCAGGAAAAGCUACUUUUGCGCGUUCACCAGGAGAUUGACUUGGAUCCUGCUGAAACGCCCGUUGUCGAGGGACAUGGCACUGGGACAAAAGUUGGUGAUCCAAUCGAGGCUGGUUCAUUCGUAACCGUACUGGCAAAAGAGAGAACAUCGUCCAAUCCGCUGUACAUCGGCUCACUGAAAUCCAACUUUGGCCACCUGGAAGGUGCAAGUGGAGUCCUGGGUGUGGUGAAAGCAGUUAUGAUGCUCAAACAUGGGUGUAUCUUGCCAAAUGCCAACUUCGAGAAAUUCAACGAAGAGAUUGAAGGGAGGGAAAAACUAAGGGUUCCUCCAACCAAAAUGUCUUGGCCAGUUAAUGAGCCAAGGAGAGUUUGUGUAACGAAUUUCGGAUUCGGCGGUAGUAACUCUGCCAUUAUUCUUGACGAAGCGCCGGCAGUUUCUCCUAAAGUCACUAAGAACAGUAAAUUUCAACAAGUUACUGAUCUCAACGAUGAUGCCAGACUUACAAAUGGAGCCCAACCUGAAGCUCAGAAUGGUGAUGACACGGACAACAAUGCGGUGAAGCGCCUAUAUGUGCUCUCUGCAAAGUCUGAGAGUAGCCUCUCCGCAUAUUUGGGUUCAUUCAUGGCAUACCUUGAUAGCGCGGAAGGAUCACGAUCCCUUAUGAAAGACCUCAGCUACACACUAGGGCAGCGACGCACACACCACUCUUGCCGAGUUGCAGUCACAGCAGAUUCCUUGACGAGCCUAAGAGCCCAUCUUGCCAACGCCAAACAGAAGAGGGCAAGAAACCCCAUCAUUGCGUUUGUGUUCACUGGUCAAGGAGCUCAAAGAUGCGCCCAGAUGGCUACUGGAUUAGACCGAUACGGUGCUUUUCGCCGCGCCAUUGAACAGGUUGAAGUUCAUCUCCACGAAUUGGGCGCCCGCUGGUCAUUGAAAGAGGAACUCCGCAAGACGGAAUCUGAAUCCCGGAUUAAUGAGGCUGAAAUUAGUCAACCUGCGUGUACCGCCGUCCAACUCGCUUUAGUGCUUCUGCUAAAGUCUUGGGGAGUCGAAGCAACUGCAGUCACAGGACACUCGAGCGGAGAGAUAGCUGCAGCUUUUGCCGCAGGUUUGAUUUCAUUUGAAGCUGCGGUUGCUAUAGCUUACUUUCGUGGUUUGUUGGCCGUUCAGCUCAGCAGCGAACAGGGUCGGAAGGGAGCCAUGUUGGCUCUUGGGAUAAGUGCGGAUGAGUCAUUAACACUUCUGGAAGACAACAAGGAGGGAUAUGCGACAAUUGCGGCUAUUAACAGUCCGCAAAGCGUAACUCUUUCUGGAGAUCAGUCAGCCAUUGACAGUAUCCAUCAAAUGGCAAAUACGCGUGGCAUCUUUGCUCGCAGACUCCGAGUUGAGGUAGCUUAUCAUUCACGACACAUGGAGCAUAUAGCGGCAUCUUACCGGAAAUCCAUUGACUGUUUUUGUGAUGUCCGUGUCAAUCUAGAGAGUAGUGAUGCUCCUCGACCAGUUUUCAUAUCUUCCGUCACUGGUCGUCAGAUGGAUGUAGACACUCUCAAUUCUUCAUACUGGGUCAAAAACCUUCUUGAACCUGUCAGAUUCUCAGAUGCAGUUGAGAGUAUCUUCUCUGUGCUAUUCAAAAGGUCUCCAAGUAUAGAACAGCAUCGUGGCAAACAACUCAAUGUCGUCCUAGAGAUAGGUCCGCAUUCCGCUCUUCAAGGUCCGAUAAAACAAACCGUUGACGCUCUCCAUCCGCAGCAGAGCGACCAACAUCAAGAGCAAUUCGCAUACGUUGCUUGCCUGGAGCGAGGAAGAGACAGUGAAGAAGCGAUACUUGACCUUUCUAAAAACCUAUUCUGUCUGGGUGCUACACUCCAGUUAGCAGCUGUCAACCAGACAGAUCAUCGCAAUGCACGUGUCCUCAAGGAUCUUCCGCCAUAUGCUUGGGACAAGUCUACACGGUAUUUUAUGCGGUCGCGCAUUACACAGGCAAAACUGCAUCCCAACCAACCAUACCACCCGCUUCUUGGAUGGAAGAGUCCAUACACAGAGGGCAGCGAGGUUUCUUUCAGGCAGGUGUUCACUCUCGACGAAAUACCAUGGAUCAGAGAUCACAAUGUAGGUGGACAUGUUAUAUUCCCGAUGACCGGCUACCUAUCUUUAGCUAUGGAGGCUUUUAGGAGAACGGCUUCUAGUUGCCCUCCAAGUAUACUUGUUCGGGAAUUCCACGCCAAACGGAGCCUUGAAAUUGAGGAAGAUGAGCGCGUUGAUAUAGUCACAAAACUCAGACCAGCAGCCACCGGGACAGAAAAUAUUUCCUCAAGCAUCUGGGUGUUUGAGAUCUUAACUUGGUCCGCAGAGUAUGGGUGGACGACACAUUGUCAUGGCCAUGUAGAAGCGGGACCGGACGAGAUGACAAUUGAUAGCCCAACAUUCAAGUCAUCAGCACCUCUAGUUAACAGCGAGACGCUCAAGAAACGCAAUCCAGAGCUUGAAUAUCUCCGAGAUGGGAGAGAAGGGACGCACUACGGUGCUGUGUUUAAACGCAUGGUCGGAUUAUGGGAAGGUCCUGGCUGGACAGUAAUGGAAAACGAGCUGCGUGACCUGGAUUCGUCACAAGAUUCAACCUAUGGAUCUCCCGUAUCAGUUGAUACUCCAACGCUGGACAGUUGUCUUCAGGGCUUAGGUCCGCUUCUAGAACAAUAUGGUCCAAAGCCAGCACUUAUGCCUAACUACGUCAGUCGGCUUCAGAUUUCGAACAGAAUCCCGCUGAUAGAGAAGCUCAGGAUGACAGUUGUAACCCGCCUCGUCGACUACGAAGUGAAAGCCGGUAUUAUACGAAUAAGCGUAGCAGUGUUUCUAAAAGGCUCCGACUCGCUUGUGCCAGUUGCAGAAUGGGAAUCAGUAACCUUGCGCACUAUCACGCCGGGAGUCAGUGGCGACUCGGUUUCGAACCUGCCAGUUAGCUACUAUUGGGACCUGAUUCCAAGUCUGGACCAUCUCAAAGACGAUGGGAAACUUCGAAAAAUCCUUGAGAUUGGACCAGCAGAUGAACGCGAAACUUCUCGCGUACGCAUGUUGAAUCUGGCUGCUGUUUACUAUAUGGACCGGGCUUUGCAAGAGACUGCUCAAGGCGACUUUUCCCAGCUUCCGUCCUACCUCUUCCGGUUUAGGGACUGGGCGAGAACAGUCGUUGCACAACAGAAAAGGUCCCUCGAUGGUAUUGACACGUCUGCACUUGUGGACAAAUUAUCCAGCUCGGGUGGUCAAGGUGAAAUGAUGUGUGCCCUAGGCGAACAGCUCCCUCAAAUACUUCGGGGCGAGAUUCAGGCGCUGGAAAUAAUGCUCAGGGAUAAUCGCUUAUCAAAGUACUACGACGAUGAUUUGAUAAAUGUGCGUCUCAGUUGGACAUUGGCGAGAUGGGUCCGCAAUUUGUCCGAUGUCAAGUAUGACUUGCGUGUAUUGGAAAUCGGCGCUGGAACUGGCAGUGCUACUUUCCCAGUCUUUCAGGAGUUGUCGCGCGGCGAAGAAAAGUUGCCAGACUCUUUCACGUAUACUUACACUGACAUCUCAGCUGGCUUCUUCGAGAAGGCCCGCGAGAAGUUGGCCAAGUGGUCAAGGUACAUCACAUACAAGAAGCUGGAUAUCAGCCAAGACCCUGAACAGCAGGGCUUUGGUCUCGAGCAGUAUGACCUAAUUAUAGCCUCGAACGUGCUACAUGCCACUCCGAAUAUGGCCGCUACUAUUGACCAUGUACGAAGUCUCUUGAAACCGAGUGGGAAGCUCGUCAUGAUAGAGGCAUGCAGGCAUGCACCUCUGGUUCUGCCUUUUGCCUUGCUCCCCGGCUGGUGGCUCGCCGAGGAUAAACACCGUUCCAUUGCAGAAGGACCUCUUCUUUCUGAGAAUAAUUGGAAUAGUAUUCUCUGUGAUCGAGGUUUCUCUGGAUUAGACAAUUUAGUCGCUGCGUUUCCCGAUGACCCUGAAAAUAUACUCAAUCUGAUAUCGACUACAAGAGUAGGCAUGUCAGAAAGCAGAGGGACAGCAUCGACUACUAUCUGUGGACCUCUCCUUGACAAUGAGGAGGAAGAUUUUGCUCAGAUGGUCUCAGACGUGCUCAGUGAACAUUUAGGCUGUGUAACGUCCAUCAAGCCUUUCGCCGAAAUCACGGUAGAGGAUGAUCCUUUUUGCAUAAUUCUUGACUCUCCUGGCCAGAGUAUUUUCAAAGACUUCUCAUCAGACACUUUCGAACUUUGUAAAAAUGUUCUGUUGAAGAUAAAAGGAUUGCUGUGGGUUAUUCCUGAGAAUCACACCCCCGACAACGACGUGAUCAAGGGUCUUUUGCGUAGUGUUCGCCUUGAAACCGGGCCGAGGAACCUGUUAAUUCUUGAUAAUCUGCCUCGCAACCUGGAAGGUGUCUCUGCAAUCACGCAACUCGCCCAAAGGCUUCAAGAUCCAGAGAUGGCGAACUGUACAGAUAAGGAUUUUACGUGGCAUGAAGGAAUGAUGUAUCUGCCUCGCUAUCGGCCACUGCCAGCGGCCAAGGAAGUAUUCGCUUCAGAAGCAGGGGUCACAACUCGUAAGGAGCAAAGUCUGUGGCAAGAUGGGGUCUCAUAUGAGAUGACAGUUGACUCUGCGGGGAGUCCGGAUUCCAUUUACUUCAAGAGAACUGACAUUUUCAAUCAAUCCUUGGGUAAUGAUGACAUCCUAAUCCGCAUUGUGGCUUCAGGAGUCAACUUCCGCGAUGUACUCCUCGUCCUUGGUUCGAUCCCUUGGACCCGUCCUGGAUUCGAAGGGGCUGGUGUCGUGCUCAAGACAGGCCGUGAUGUUGAAAACCUACAGCCUGGAGAUCGUGUGUUUUUUGGGGCACUGCACGGAGGCAGCAUUGCCAGUCAUAUACAGUUACCUUCGUGGAUGGCCUGUAAGAUUCCUGAUGGUUUCAACACUGUGGACGCUGCUGGUAUUUCAGUUGCCUAUUCCACCGCAAUAAUGACAAUUAUGCGCAUUGGUCGGCUCCGAAAAGGAGAGAGCAUCCUAAUCCACGCUGCCUCUGGCGCCGUCGGCCAAGCGUGUAUCGUGCUUGCGCAGCAUUUACAAGCCGAAAUCUUUGCAACGGCUGGUUCUCCAGCCAAGAGAGGUUUCCUGCACGAGAGAUUCAACAUUCCAAAAGAUCACAUUUUCUCUAGUCGCACCUCCGCUUUUAGAGAUGGAAUUCUUUCCGUCACAGACGGCAAAGGAGUUGACGUGAUAAUCAACUCCCUCAGCGGCAAUCUUCUACAGGAGACUUGGGCAGUUAUCGCAGAUAUUGGCCGAUUUGUAGAGAUUGGAAAGAGGGAUCUGCUCCAGAACAGCUACUUGUCCAUGCGGCCCUUUGAUCGGAACGUGACCUUUAGUGGUGUUGACCUUCGUACGUUCUUCUUGAACAAGCCAGACGAGCACCGGGCCUGUCUAUCAGACCUUGUGGGCCUUGUGAACCGUGGAGUCGUCGUACCUAUUCAUCCAGUGACAGCAUUGCCCGCAUCUCAGAUUGCAACUGGCAUGCGCAUACUCCAGUCCGGUCAAAACAUAGGCAAGAUUGUCCUCACGAUGGAUUCCGAUGAACGAGUGCUCGCAGAGAGUCCUCUACCACUUCAAGUUCCAGCAGGUAGACUGCUGCGUCCCGAUGCGACGUACAUCAUCACUGGUGGUACCGGCGGAAUUGGCCUUUCCCUUGUGCCUUGGAUGGUCGAGCAUGGAGCCCGUAAUCUGGUUUUGCUCGGUCGAAGUGGCUCUUCUCGGCCUGAGGUCCAGAAGAUAUUGGAGCAAUAUGAAAAUACCGGCAUCCAUGUAAGAGCCGUGUCUUGUGAUGUCGGCCUUAGGGAAGACCUCGCUCAGGCAUUACAAUCCAUCCAAGAUCUUCCUCCAGCUAGCGGCGUUGUACACGGCGCUCUCAUUCUCAGAGGCGCAUGGAACCUCCAUGAGCUAUUACCCGACAACCUCGAUUUCUUCGUUGCCCUCUCUUCAUUCAUUUCAGGCAGUGGCAACAUCGGGCAAUCAAUAUAUUCCGGAACUGCGUCAUUCUACGAUAGCUUCGCAGAGUAUCGCAAUUCUUUAGGACAGCCAACAGUCUCGGUUGCAUUGCCCGUGGUCAUGGGUGUCGGGUAUGUAGCUGAUCACGGAAUAGAUGAGAAAUUGAAGGCAUCGCUAGGCGCCAUUCUGACAGAAGUACACCUCCGCACCGUCAUCAAGGGCGCUAUUAUCGGACCGUCGUCUUCCAUGAAUCGCGACGGCAAAGCCAUCUCCUUCAGCUUCGCACGAGGGGAUGACAGUAGCGCACUACCAUGGCAGUGCUUCCACCCUAGAGCUCUGGUGGAUUAUAUUAGGGCUGAAUCCCGUGCCGAAGGCGUCACCGACCCUGGCCAGGGCAGCGAUUUGCGCUCAAAACGAUUACAAGUCGAAGCUGGAAGUGAUCCGCUGGAGUAUCUCCUAGAUGCCUUGAUGGAUAGAGUAUCCUCCAUAACCAUGAUCGAGAGAGACGAGAUAGAACCGGACAGUCCGCUGUCCAGGUAUAGUUUGGAUUCCCUGGUGUCUGUAGAAUUGCGUACUUGGAUUCGCAGGAAAACUGGCGUGGAGUUGACUCUUCCUAGGAUUGUGAAUUCUGAGAACCUUAGGGCACUAGCAAGGUAUAUACUUUCCCAAAGAGAAGUAUCGCUCAAGAAGAAGUGAUCUCCAGUUGUUUGGAAGUCGUGAUAGCAGAGAUUCCAGCAGGG